GAAUGGUCGCCAGAAAAGUUACCGGUCAUUUUCCAUUUCGGAAUCUUCUGAAAUGACGCUGGCAGCGUGGAAGUGAUCUACAACAUCAUAUACCCGCUGAAGUACUGCUGGGACCCGGAUGGAAGCAUCCUGACAUGUUUCCUGUCCCUGAUCACCUCCCAAAGCGAGGUGGAGCCCAUCUCUCUUCAGAGGAUCGUGGACUGCCCGACCCAACGCUAGACUUGUUGGAUCCUCUCAUCGACGAAUGGGCGAGCUCACAGCCGUCUGGCUCGAAAACAGCUAUCAGUCGCUCGAGCAAGAUAAGAGAGGUCAGAACAAAGCUGACUGAAGCUAUCCACCACAACAAGACCAACGCUCAUGAGCUCCUCCGAGCCAAUUAUCCCUCAAUUUCAUCUCAUAUCAGACUCGGUGAACAGGCCAAGAUCGACUUUGGCAAGAUUUCCAGGAGUGUUGAUCAGCUGGAGAAGGAUAUUCAUCCUGAGGAUGCAGAGAUCUCAUUUCUCCCGCCUCUUUUGGCGAACCUGGACAGGCACUUUGCUGCUGUGCAGGCUCAAGCCGCGACACAGGCUCAGCUCAGGGCGCUAGAGUUGGCCAAGGAGGAGGUGGGCAAGCUUCAUCGGUUAGAGGAAGCGGUAUGGGCGGGCAGAGGGGCGGAUGAAUGGGUCAUUAAGGAGUUGAUCGCGGAGAAGCGAACGGAGGCCCUGGAGCUGGAGGGGACACGUCUGUAUACGGAGAUGACUUCACGGUAUUUUCUGCUCAGAUCAAUGGUCACGGAGCAGCUUUCAGACGGUCUAAAAGAAGCGAUCUCUCUCGCAACAUUUCCUGAUGGUCGCAGAACCCUGCGAGUUCAAGGCAGAGCGACGCUCCCGCAGCCUAAACUGACUCGGCCCGAGAUACACCCGCAAAAGUCUUCAAAACCCCCUCCUUACUCUUUAGCCCAUGUAUACAAUGCCCUGGCGUCGUUCCAAUCUCUCGACUCGAUACUCCAAAACCUUCAGACAAGGCUUCUCCGAGAGAUCGUUGCACCUGUCGCCAGCAGACCACUACAUAUGGAGGUCUCCGGUUCGGAUCCUGUGGCAUCUGUUACUCUACAAUCGGCCCAAUCGCUCGCCACGCCAAAGGAGCGGAUCGACUCUGUGGCCUCUAUCCUCUCUUUCAUCACCGAUCACGUUCUCCCCUCUUCUGAUCGUACAGAGGCCGUCAGGAUUUCAUUUCUCGCCGGUGUCCAGCAAGAGAGCAUGCGCUUGAUCGUUCAGCACAUUCUCCUACCCUCCAUGCCGUCAGCCUUGUCGGCCAUCCCCUCCUGGCUGGAAACGGUCAACCAUGCCGUCGAAGUGGAGUCUCAAAACGUUUCAUCGGGCAGAAUUAUCGCGCCAUUCUUCACGUCCGAGGCGGGUCGAGCUUGGGCGACUCAGAGGAGGAAAAGGGUCGCUGAAGAUGUGCGCAAGCUCAUCGACGGAGGCUGGGGAGGCUGGGAAGCGGUGACUGAACAGAGGGACAAGGAGGUUUUAACGCUGAUUGAAGUGGAAGUGAGCGACGGCGAGGACGUGGGGACGGAGGUCAAGGGGGAGGAGCCCGACGAAUUUGGCUGGGGAUUCGACGAUCAAGCUGAUGACAAAUCUGACGCUGAGGGUGUCGAUGACGGAUGGGGCUUUGACGAGUCGGAGAAUGCUGAUGCGGGACCGUCCAAAUCCGCGCCCUCAUUGGAUUCGUCCAAGCAGGAAGGCGAUACAGGUGACGGAUGGGACUUUGACCUGUCCACGCCGCAGGCCGAAUUACCACCAGCCCCACCCCCUGUCGCCAAACCAGUCAGAGAGGCGAAGAGACUCGGCAAAAAGGUGGCGAAAGUCGCUAAUGAAGCCGGAGAUGACCCUUGGGCGUCGGAGGGCGAGAAGGAGCCGGAGGAGGCAGCUGUGCCGCCCGCUGAGACGUCCACCGCGGACGACUGGGCAUGGGGUGAUGGCGAGCAGCCAACAAAAACGCGCACGAAAAAGAAGCGAAAGCUACUCAAGGAGGAACGGCAGACCAUCAAGGAAACAUUUCUGAUAAGCCGGGCGUGUGAAAAGAUUGUCGACAUGGCGGAUAGAGCACUCAUGGAGGCUGUGGAUCUAGAGUCGAAAGAUCUUCUAUCACCAUCCUUCCGGGGCUCACACACGCUUCUGCUCGCCGCUGCGUCGGAUGUUUUCGACGUCUAUCGAUCGCUAUUGCCGACCCACUUUGUCUCUCAAGUCCGCGACGUGCCCACGUUAGCCAUGCAGAUGUACAAUGACGCAGGACAUCUGGCAAAACGCGUCGCCGCUCUGCAAGAGCAAUACCCUAUGUGGUCUGAUGUGGAGGGGGAUGCGAGCCCGGUGGAAAUUGCAAAGAGACUGGAUGCCUUGGCUGUGCAUGCGUUUGAGAGUCAACUGGCGCUGCAAAAGCAGGCACUGAUGGAGGAACUUGCGGAAGCAAGGCUUGACGACGUGGCGAGGGAGAUUGGCAUGAAGAAUGCGGAGCGGUCGUUACAAGGGGUCGCGCAUAAAAUCGACACUUUGUCGAGGGUUUUGAAGGUGGUGCUGCCCGAGACGACAUAUCUACUUGUUUUGGGCUAUCUCUUGGAUGAGACUAUUCAAAAGAUCUCUGGGGAUAUCUUGGCCCUGCAGGAUAUCACCGAAGUGGAGUCGACGAGGCUGAGCGAGUUGUUGCGGGUGAUCUAUCCCUUGGAAGAGAUCUUUGUCCUGAAUCCGGGUCAACCUUCCGCGAUCGUGGCUCAAGUACCUCAUUGGCUCAAAUUCUGCUAUAUCUCCGAACUGCUCAAUGCCAACCUUGUCGAUAUAUUGUACCUCUUUGACUCUGGCGCACUGAUUGACUUUACAACCGACGAACUGGUCAGACUUAUUCGAGCACUGUUUGCGGACUCUGAGAAGAGGGAUCAGGCAAUAGACAAGAUUGAAAAGGGCUUGGGCGAGGCGGCAGAAUGAUACUGAUGCAUAUUGUCAAAUAUGAUACAGUAAG